AUGGGCGCGCUCCGACAUGGGCGCUGUCUACGUAUAUCACCGAUACUCCAGAAGUGGCUGGACUCCGCGGCUGAUGGCGUCCAAUUUCAACUGACAGAAAACCACCCGCGCUUCGAUGGCCCCGAUGAAGGUCCCAUGCGUGCCGAACGGGUCAUCCGGUCGUGCAGGAUCCGGGUCCAAAAAGGCCGGGUCAGGUGGAUCGUCAUUGGUCUCUUGGAAGGGGGGUGGUGCUCGGGGGGUGCCAUGAGACGAGAAGGACUGGUGGUAGGGGGGGUGGGCAGGAUGCGGGGAAUGGAGAGGGUGGGGAUAUUGCUGGGCACCCAGCCCCGCGCCCGAGGGCCCGGGAUAGUGGUAGGGCGGAUCCCCGGGCCAGGCCGGCUGAGACGGAGGCAAGUCCGAUCCCGCGUCGAACCCCGGCACCCGGCCAGCCGACGGGAACGGCGCAAAGGGAAGAUUCCCAGCUCCAAACCAGGGGGGCCUCCCAAUGCCAGGGCCUGCCGGCCCCGGGUCCGGUGGCGGCCGGGUGGAUUCCGAAAAGCCGGGUCUCGGGUGGUCAGCAGGCCCAUAGGCUGGCAUCCAGUCGCCCGGGGAGAAGGGCGCUGGCGGCCAGUCAGGGCUGCCAGGUGGCGCCGCGGCCGUGGCAGCCGUGGCGCCAGAACCCCCGGGUGGCGCAAAUGGCGAAGGCGAAAAGCCCACAUCCUCGGAGUCGCUGUCGCUGGCGAAGAGGGGCCCGCCGGUGGCCAAUCCCGGCCCGACAUCGCUGUCAUCCGACGUCGGGUCCACAUGAAACAGCUCGUUGGAGAUCUGAGCCAGGAUCUGGUCGAUCCAGCUCAGCUCGGUCGCCGUCGUCGACGCUGCCGAGUGGCCGGCCGGGGCCCCGGGCACUCGAGAGGGGGAGCUUGGCCGGGGUGGCUGAGCCGGUGCCGGGCCGGGCGAGGAAGCAGUCUCGGUACCGGGACCGGGGCCGGGGGUCGAGCUCGACCGCAUGGGCGAGAGGGAGUCAUCUGA